GGUCGCUCCCCGGCGGCAGCUUCCAGCAGCUGCGCGCCGCCAUCGAGUGGCAUGUGGCGGCCAGCGGGGGGCGGCGGGCGGUGCUGGUGGGACUCAGCCUGGGCGCCACCUACGCCGCCAGCUUCCUGAGCUGCGGGCUGGUGGACGAGGAGUGGAAGGCCAGGCAUGUGGAGCGGCUGGUCACCAUGUCGGGCGUGUGGGAGGGCACGCCCCGCUCGCCCCUGGACGUCCUGUCCGGGCGGCUGGAGGGGCUGGAGGCGGUGCUGCCGCGGACCGAGGUGCGGCGGCUGGUGCGGGGCAUACCCGCGCUGGCCUGGACCUUCCCCGCGCCGCCACCGGCACCAGCUGCACCAGCUGAGGCGGAAGCAGCGGCGGAGGCAGCAGGCGGGCAGGGGCAGGGGGUCGGGGCGGGCACUGCGGACCCACCCAUCCUGACCAACACCGCCCGGGGCCGCAACUACAGCGCCGGGCAGCUCGGGGAGGCGAUGCUGGAUGCGGGGGCGCCGGAGGUCGCCGCCUUCUGGCAGGCCGCGCUCCCCUUCGCCCGCACCCCCGCGCCCAACGUCACCACCCACUGCUUCUACAGCUACGGCCUCGACACCGCAGUACACGUCACCUACAGCCAGCCCGACUUCAGCGACGCACGGCCUGUCGUACACUACGCGAGUGGUGACGUCACCGUGCCGUACUCAAGCCUGGCGGCGUGCCGGGGGUGGUCGGGUCGGCAGGCUGCCCCGGUGUUCAGUGCCAGCUACUGGGGGGUGGUGCACGGCAUGCUGACGGGGCUGCCGGAGGCGCUGCAGGAC